AUGAGUAUUCCAGAGACGCCAUCAGAGAAAGGGUUCUUCAGUCCACAGCACGGAUAUUCAGACCUCAAGAUAAAGACCCAAAAAUACUCAGACAAGCCCACGCCAAUUUUCGCUGAACAGGGCAAAGUUAAUGAUUUUAUUGCAUCACAUUCAGACAAGAGCCAUAAGAAAAAGUACGCAAAGAGUAUUUUCAAUUUCAUAGUGAAACAAAUGUGUAAUUAG